AUGCCUCGCGUCGUGUCUUGUGGGCCCUUACAGUUGGCAUUUUACACUGUUAUACGCUUGGCUUUACUCCUGGCUCUAUUGACGGGAUCCACCGCGCGUAAAGUCUCCAAAGAACAACAGACACAUUUUACACCGUAUGGAGAACCAUGUGAAGGUGAUAAAUGCCAUUUCGACGCUGAUCCAGUGGGUCAAAAUCUGGGAAGCUUCUGUGUCACUAAUGGCAGCAGGGGUGGACAUCCAGUUCAACUAGUACGGCCCGCUGAGAACCAUCUCGGGCUAGAACUUGUUGAAGAGGGGUUGCGUGUACUGAGCUCCCUACCAAAACCACUUGCGAUUGUUGCAGCAAUAGGAAGCAUCAAAACUGGAAAGAGCUCGUUGAUGAAUGUGAUAAACGAACAUGUACUUUGUAGCGAAGGUGACAAAUUACAGGGUUUCGAUAUCAGUGACACGGUCAAUCCAACGACACAAGGAAUAUGGUUGUGGUCAGAACCUAUUGAGCUUGAUUGUAACGCCUUGAAAGAACAAUUGAAAGAAGAUGGGCGUAUACCAAAUAUCUUCGACCAUCUGGUCACCAUGGUUACUUCAGUUAUUGGUGAGACGGUAAGAGCAACUGUAACGGCAAAAACGAGACUCGAUAUUUCAAAAUGCGAAUUUGACAAGGUCAAUAUCGUAUUCAUGGAUGUGGAGGGAUUUAAUGCGAUAGAUGGGUUUCAAAGGUAUGACGAGGCACUUUUCACGAUCGCGGCCGCUAUGAGCAGCGAACUCGUAUACCUCACCCACAAAGUAAUGGACGCAAGGGAUAUUCUGGAUUUACAACAUAUGUUGCAAACAUCGACCUCAAUGUUGGUUAACAUGUAUCGGUCGCUCUCAAACGUACCUCAUGUAGUUAAGCAAGAGGAUAGUAACGCUCAGGGACACAAAGGAGUAUCAGUGUCACAGCAAACUGAGAUGUCAGAAUUAGGAAAUAAUAAUUCUUGUGAUGCGAAUAAAUGUCAAAAGUCGACAUCGGAUGGCGAAAUAUUCGCAGAUAUGCUACUCGAAAUACAGAGGAACACAACGCUAACCUUGUCAGUACAAGGGUUCGACCUGAAACUACAGCAGUCAGCACUGGAUUAUAUCAAUGGAAUAGUAAAUAAGAAGCGAUUUGACAUGGAUUACAGUGAUCAAAAGUCAUUUUUUGAUUAUCUGGAACAAACACGAGUAUCCUUGUUGAAUCUUUUCAAACGUGAAAAAGGAAAAGGUAAAGAACCACUGGAACAAAUAGUAAGUGACAUUAUAGCAAGAUUGACGUCACGAUAUAAAUCUAACUUACCACAUCUUUUGGGUUCAAUAGAUGUAUUACUAACAUCAGCACCCUCGGCUAGGCGUGUAAUACUUAACAAAUCGGAGCUCUUCCGAGGGUAUCUACAGCAUGUUUUGAACUACAAGAUGCGGUUGUUUAAACGCAGUGCUUUGCAACCAAAGAAGCGAAUUUCACCGGUGUCAAAUGGUGUGACAUUGAUGACGGGAGAAGACCUCGUCAACGUAAUAACACACCUUGUCAAGGCUCUAAACGAGGCCAUGAAAAAUGGGUCGUUGGAUUCUCAGGGGGACUUUAGAUUAACAAGAGCAAAUCUUAUCAAACAAGAUCUCGUAGAUCUUUACUCUGCUGAACUGUUGAAGUUCAUUCACAAAAUGCCUAUACCACUAGAGGGCGACUUGGAAAAAUUCAACCAGCUGGCUGAAACCAGAUACCUCCAUCUCAUGGCAUUGUAUGCGCAAUAUGAUCUGAGCCCUCUGCAAUUCUCGGAAGUCAAUACAGAUUUCAAGAGCCGCUUACACGAAAUACGGGAACGUUUAGGGCAGAAGCUGCAUGAUAUUACGCUGCAGUAUUGCCGGUCAAAGAUGCCACAAGUCAAGAAUCUCAUACGAGAGCGUAUUGAAGGAUUGAAGCUACCAGUACUACCUGCUGUAAUAGGCGAAUUCGAAAACAACAAACAACAGCUAGUACGCUUGUACCUCAUGGCCGUUGACGACAAUGAAGUCAAGUACUCCACCAGUGCUGCGUGCAAAGAAACGUCAUUGGAAAUUGUGGAGUUUGUGGAGAGCGAGAUACGUGACCUUUCAGCAGAAAAUGAAAGUGAAAUCAAUAUGUUAUUCCAAGAGGCCACUAGGCGUGCUGUAGAGUCUUUCAUCGCUAACGCUGACCGUAAUGCUCUUGAAAAGUACAAAGUAAAUUAUGAAGAUUUCACAAAAUCACUGCAAUCGUGGUCUGACACUGCAUAUGAAGUUUACUACAAGGCGGUGGGUGAAUUUAAGCAAAUACAGAAAUUUAAUAAGGCCUCCUUGUCAUUCUUGCGGCAACAAUUUUCCAUGCUUGAAAAGGAGUCUCGAGACCAUUGGAACGAUGUAUGUAGGGAUUCCGUAUUGCACGUAUCACAAGAAUUCCAAAAAACGUUCGACGUGCAGUUACAACAGCUCCUGCCAUACAGGCCCGUGCCUAAGCCAGUGUUGAAAGUAGCCAUCGAGUACCUCCGUUUCCGAAAGUGGAGGGAGAUGAGCAAUCUCCAUUGUGGUACCUCUCAAACAGUCCGCAAUACACAGCAGUUAUUCGACCGUAUGGUUCACGAACUAGGUCAUAAAGCACUUGCGGACAACGAUGAGGCUAUUUUCAGGCAUUUCGACAAAGAGUUCAAGGCCAUGUAUCAGGAAGCUCUGGACCGCGUAGACCAGGUUUACCAUUUCUAUCAACUGAAAAAGCAUCUACAUUGGUACGCUAAGUGGCAUGUGUUUGCACAUGUAAAGAUUUUUGAACAAUUGUUGAGGCCUAAAAGGGUCCUGGAAGAAUUGCAGAAAAACAUCGAUGCUGAAAUUGUCAAAGCUAUGCCAAACGAUGUCGAGCGCCAAACAAUGCUAGAAAUAUUGCACUUCAGCAAUUCGAAGUCUCUUAAGGCUUUAGGUUUGGAUGGCGGUGCGCUGAUGGAUGCUAUCAUAGAGCAGUGGUUACGAGAAAGGCUUUAUCCUCGUAUACGCGGUCGCAUAAUGCUGCGUAUGCCUAAACUUUCAACAUUCUUUGCCAUUGUGGGAGUGGUUGUGUCCUCGUCACUCCUCUUAAGGGUGAGACACGCACGUAUGGUGUGUUUUUUAUGCUUAGUUAACGCCCUAGCGCUCGUUUAUAUCCUAGGUAUGCGCAGGGUCCUCCUUAUAAUUGGAAUAUCCAUACAGUAUUGUCUAAAUUGGCUUAUGAAGUUGUUUGCUUAUUUGGGAACAGCCUGGAGUAUGGCAAUCGUAUCAUCUCUUGUUGCCAUUGCUUUGCUGUGGUCACAUUCAAUGCCCAGUUUCCGGACAUCGAAAAGACAACGGCGAGCAAGGUAUAUCGUUUUAAAGCAAAACAAAUAA